UAGCAUUUUCCUUACAAAAAUCUUUUUUGAUUGUUCUGUUUAUAUAUUUUACAUGAUGAAAAUCAAGAUCAAAAAGGGGAAGUCAACUAUUGGCGCUCGACUAAGCCUAAAGGGAGCACUCUUAAAGGUGGGAAUUCAGAAUUUGCAAGGAAAUGAGGAUGGCAAUGGCAACGGUAAUGGCAAUGGCAAGGGAACUUCCGUAUCAGAUUUUGGGAGGGAAGUGAGUGAGACUAAUUUGUUGGUAGCCACACUCAUCACUACUGUGACCUUCACAGCAGCUUUCACGGUGCCCGGUGGAUAUAACCAAAGCGGAGCUAAGGAUGAGGGCUUGGCAGUAUUAAGCAAAAGUUCUGCUUUCGGUGUAUUUCUAAUAGCUAAUACUUUAGCUUUUGGAUUUUCCACUACCUCAGUAUUAAUCCACUUUUUAUUGGCUUCAGACACAAGUACGGAGGACGUUUAUCACAGUGAAGUGAUACAGCGUGCCCCUUUUUUCACAAACUGGUCAAUUGGAGCAUUGCUGGUAGCUUUUAUAUCAGGCACCUAUACAGUUGUACCACACUCUUUUGGGAUCAGUGUAGCCGUUAUUCUUUUUUGUUGCUUCCUGGGUAGCAUGUUGUUUCCCUCUCUCAAUAAAGAAGUCUAGAAAGACUAUGUGAUUGCUAAGCCCAAGCUGGUCUGAGAUGAUUAAAUUGAUUGUGGGCAUUCAGAAUUUGCAAGGAAGAGGAUUGAAAACUAUGUUUUACAAGUUGGUAUGGGCACAGUUGGAGUAAGAGGAAUGCCGUCGGUAUGAGGAAAGCAUUAUCAAGGUCAUUGUAUUGGAGGUUUGUUGUGUUUAGGCUUGUUUCAAAGACUUUAUUUGGUGUGCUUGUGUAAUGUUUUUAUUUUUAUUGUUAUUGUUAUUUUGGUGUUGUUGCUUUGAUCGUAUUACCUUUGCUUUGGAAUAAAUUCUUCUUCAUUAAGGGAAAAAAAAGCAUGAUAUUUUUCUUUUGAUUGUUA